GCUUCCAGAUGGAUUUUCCCAACUGUUAAAUCUAACGCAGCUGUACCUGAAUGAUGCUUUUCUUGAGUUUUUGCCAGCCAAUUUUGGCAGAUUAACUAAACUCCAGAUAUUGGAACUUAGAGAAAACCAGUUAAAAAUAUUGCCAAAAACCAUGUCCAGACUGACUCAACUGGAGAGACUGGACUUAGGAAGUAAUGAAUUCACAGAAGUGCCUGAAGUACUUGAACAACUAAGUGGGUUAAAGGAAUUUUGGAUGGAUGGUAAUAGACUAACGCUUAUUCCAGGGUUCAUAGGCACUUUGAAACAACUGACCUACUUGGAUGUUUCUAAAAACAACAUUGAAGUAGUUGAAGAAGGUAUUUCAGCUUGUGAAAGCCUGCAAGACCUACUGUUAUCCAGUAAUUCACUUCAGCAACUGCCAGAGUCUAUCGGUUCCCUGAAGAAGGUAACAACACUUAAAAUUGAUGAAAACCAGUUAAUUUAUUUGCCAGACUCCAUAGGAGGGUUAAUAUCAGUAGAAGAACUGGACUGUAGUUUCAAUGAGAUUGAAACAUUGCCUUCAUCUGUUGGGCAGCUGUCUAAUAUAAGAACAUUUGCUGCAGAUCAUAACUUUCUAACACAGCUGCCAUCAGAGAUUGGAAACUGGAAGCAUGUAACAGUGUUGUUUCUGCAUUCUAACAAGCUUGAAUUUCUUCCUGAAGAAAUGGGUGAUAUGCAGAAAUUAAAAGUCAUCAAUCUGAGUGACAAUAGACUGAAGAAUUUGCCAUUUACCUUUACAAAACUGCAACAGCUCACUGCUAUGUGGCUAUCAGACAAUCAGUCUAAACCACUUAUCCCUCUUCAAAAAGAAGCUGACCCUGACACACAGAAAACAGUGCUUACUAAUUACAUGUUUCCCCAGCAACCAAGGACUGAGGAUGUCAUGUUCAUAUCUGAUAAUGAAAGUUUCAAUCCAUCUCUGUGGGAGGAACAGCGGAAACAGCGUGCUCAGGUGGCAUUUGAGUGUGAUGAAGACAAAGAUGAGAGAGAGGCACCGCCUCGGGAAGGCAACCUGAAGAGAUAUCCAACUCCAUAUCCUGAUGAACUGAAGAAUAUGGUCAAAACAGUCCAGACAAUUGUACAUAGGCUAAAGGAUGAAGAAUCUACUGAAGAUACUGCCAAGGAGUCAAAACGAGAAGGCCAGACAAUUUCUGUAAAAGAUGUCGGGGUAAAGACUUCAGAAAUUGCUUCAAUAAAGAACAAAGCAGAUGAGAGAAAACAAUAUUCAAAACAGAAGCCUACUGAACCAGAAGCUGAGCACAGCACUGCAAAUUCACACAUGACUGCACUUGUUAAAACCUUGCAGAACACGAAAACAAUUGUCAACCAUGAAGACACACUCGAGGAGUCAGAAGAACUCUCCUCUGAUGAAGAGAUGAAAAUGGCAGAAAUGCGACCACCACUGAUAGAAACCUCCAUAAAUCAACCAAAAGUGGUAGCUCUUAGCAAUAACAAAAAAGAUGAUUCAAAAGAUGCUGAUUCCUUAUCAGAUGAAGCUACCCACAAUAGCAAUCAAAAUAACAGCAACUGUUCCUCUCCUUCUCGAAUGUCAGAUUCUAUUUCCUUAAAUACUGAUAGUAGCCAAGAUAUUUCUCUCUGUUCUCCAGACAAAGAAACACGUGCUGCUGCUUUAUCCAAGAUCAGGAGGGAAGACGAAAAUUUGAAUAAUCUUUUGCAAAAUGGAGGUGAAUUGAGCAUUACAGUAGAAGAAAAAAUAAAUGUGCAAGAGAAGGUUACAAAUUUGUCUGAAUAUGAAUUAAGCAUUGAAGAAAGAUUAGGCCUGAUAGGAAAAGGUGUUGAUCUAAGCACUUCUACAGAGGAGUCUCACAAAUUAGACCAAAUAAACAUGAAUAUCAAUAAACUGGUUAGUGAAGAGGCAGUGCCAGUUCCUGUAGAAAGGUUACAAACACAGGAAAUAGUUUCAGUAAAGGGCUUUUUGAAUAACAACACGAAAGAAGAAAGUGAGCACUUGGAAAAUGGAAAUAAAUGUCCUAUAAAUAAAGUAAACGGACAUCCUGAGGAAGCAGUACAGUCUCCCAGUAAAGACAAACUAACAAGAAGCACUACAGUUGAUGGUGAUUCUGCUGAGCUGUCUGUUUCGAGGAGCACCGAAGAUUUGUCCCCACAGAGAAGUGGUUCUGUGAUGAAAUCUCACAGCAUCACCAGUAUGGACACCGGUGGUCUGAAAAUCUAUGAUAUUGUCAAUGAGAAUGGAUCUCAACAGCCAAACUCAGUGGUAAAAUCAGCAUCUGAUAGUGUAGAUGGAAAAAACAUAGUCCGAAGUAAAUCCGCUACGCUUCUGUAUGAUCAGCCUCUGCAGGUUUUUCCUGGGUCAUCAUCGUCAUCUGAUUUAGUAUCUUCUACAAAAACUGUGUUCAAGUUUGACUCAAAUCACAAUCCCGAAGGUGCUAAUGUAGUGAGAGGAUCAGUGACAAGUGGUACACAGAUGUUCUGCGCUCCCCAGUAUAAUAUUCAGUACAGCAGCAGUGCAACAGCGAAAGACACCUUGUGGCCCCAGAAACAAAACACCCAAAUAGAACAAGGCAGCUUGCCUCCUUCACGUCUGCUUAGGUCUGACAGUACAGAAACCCCCAGCUAUGUAAAGCAUUCUGCCAAUAUGAAUUUCUCCAAUCAUAAUAAUGUUCGAGCCAGCGCUGUGUAUAACACUCAUCAACGGAUGGCUGGGAGACAUAUAGAUAUGUGGGCUAUUCCACCAAAUGAUAGACUGCUCCCAGGAGCAACAACCAGACACACUCUUCAAAGGCAGAGCAGUGUAUCUUCUACAGCUUCUAUAAAUGUUGGGGAUACUGGACCUUCAAGGCGGACCCAGGUUCCUGAAGGGGACUAUUUAACAUACAGAGAUUUGCAUUCAAUGGGAAGAGCUCCACCAGUAAUGUCUGGGCAACAGAGACCUCUUUCUGCCAGGACAUACAGCAUCGAUGGUCCAAAUGUACCCCGACCACAGAGUGCUCGGCCAUCGGUGAAUGAAAUACCAGAAAGAACUAUGUCAGUUAGUGACUUCAAUUACUCGCGGACUAGCCCUUCAAAGAGAUCAAACCCAAGGGUUAACUCUGAGCAUUCUUUAUUAGACCCUCCAGGAAAAAGUAAAGUCCCUCAUGACUGGAGGGAACAGGUGCUGCGACAUAUUGAGGCAAAAAAGCUAGAAAAGAGCAUGCUGUCUAGGUCCUUUAAUUCCAAUUAUGCUGCAGUUAGCAGCUUUCACUAUGGCAGCUCUAGGGAUCUGCAUGGCAGCCAGGGUAGUGUUGCCUUGAGUGUUGCAGACGGAAGAGGUUCUGGUGUGCACAUUGUUCGACAUCCCCAGGCUUCUACUCCAGGAGAUCAAUGCCAGGAUGAAGUAUUCAUUUCAGGACAGCAGAAUUACUCAUCUGCCACACUUAGUCUCAAAGAUGUUCCUCCAGACAGCAUGAAGAAAAUAGCUGUGCAG